AUGAUUUUACCUGAGCACGGGACACAACCAGACUACUCCACCUGGAGCCAGUCCAGUCUCAUAUCCCGCAUCACUGAGCUGGAGCGCCAGUUAAACUCCCACGACCAUCACAGCAGGUUCGACGGCAGCGCAGAUACAGACGCAAUCAAAGGGCGUAUCAAGGCUGCAGCAAGCCCCACUGCUUCCCGUUUCCCUUCUGUGUCGUCCUCUUCCCCCCGCCGCCGCACCAAGAAAGGCCGCGACAUCGAUCCCUCAAAAUACAACACACGCUUCAUCGCGCUGAAAUUCGCCUAUCUGGGUCAAAGAUAUAAUGGUUACGAGCAUGCCAAUGGGAAUACCACGCCUUUACCGACAAUUGAGGAGGAGUUGUGGAAGGCGUUGAGAAAAGCGCGGUUGAUAUUUCCGCAGGCGGUUGAGGCGGAUGGUGUAUCUAGUACGGAGCCUUCCACUGCUACUUCUACUGAUGCCUACAAUAGCGGAGUGGAAAAUCUUCUCGGUGGGCUAUCGCUUUCUGGUUCAGAGAACUCUGAGACCGAAGAUAGCUGGGAUGACAUUGCUGAUGAGUUGCCUUAUAUAACUAUUUUGAACAGAGUAUUACCGGAGGAUAUUCGCGUGCUAGCAUGGUGUCCGAACCCCCCACCGGAUUUUGAUGCCAGAUUCUCCUGCCGUGAGCGCCGGUAUCGCUAUUUUUUUACACAGCCAGCGUUCUCUCCAACGCCCGGUCCAUUGGGCUUCCUAAAACGUGGGCGUGAGGAGAAUUGCCUGGGGGAGGGUAGCGGCGCCCCACACAAUGAGCAAUUUAGAGAGGGAUGGUUGGAUAUCGAAGCAAUGCGUAAGGGGGCGAAAUAUCUUAUCGGAUCCCACGACUUUCGAAAUUUCUGCAAAGUUGAUCCGAGCAAACAGAUAACGAACCACGUGCGUCAUAUUUAUCAUGCCGAUAUCGAGCUGCUCGAUCCCAAAACCAAGCCCUUGUCAUAUUUGAGGCAACAUGAAUUCACCACUUUCGAUACCGAAAAUGACAAAGCAGCUGCAAAUGGGUCGAUAGGUGACCCGUCAUCCAAUCUUAAAGUAUACUCCAUUACGAUUCAUGGAUCUGCUUUCCUCUGGCACCAGGUCCGACAUCUAGCCGCGAUACUAUUCUUGGUAGGUCAGGGACUCGAGGCCCCAUCGAUCAUACCGGAGCUAUUAGAUGUGGAGAAACAUCCCCGAAGGCCAACAUACGAGAUCGCCUCUGACACACCGCUGGUUCUCUGGGAUUGCAUAUUCCCUGAUGAAAGCAGUGGAAGCAGGGAAGACGCAAUGGAUUGGGUCUACGCGGGUGAUUCACGGACAUCGAAAGUUGGCAAGGGAGAUAACAACAAAUUUGGCCUAGGAAGUACGGUUGAUUCCCUCUGGCGUGUGUGGCGACAGCGGAAGAUAGACGAGAUAUUGGCCGGUGAACUUCUCGAUCUUGCGGUGAGCCAAGGAGAUAGAAGCGCUCUGACUCGAGGUGGGUUCAACGACUCUACUCGCGACCUGCAGAAUAGAAGUCAGAAAGUGUUUUAUGGAGGUAACGAGGGGAAAUUUGGUGGGAAAUACGUGCCCUUGAUGCAGAGGCGUAGAUUGGACCCGGUGGAGGUGAUCAAUGCGAGAUACACGAAAAGACCAGGGAAGAAACCUACUGCAUAG